CCGACAUUAUUGUUUACAUUUAUUAAUGAAUCGGUUAUGCCCUUAUACAUCCCGAAAAAGACUGCAUAAUAUUUUUCAUUUGUUUUUGUCGUCAUGGAGAGGAAUCAGAAAGAAGAUAUAGACUGGGGAGAGCGAUACAGACAGGAUCCGCUUAAUGUAAACAAAAGUGUUAAAGACUUUCUAGUGAAGAAUGCACAUGAAGGACUGGCUUUACCAUUGACAGUGUAUGAGAGAUGUUCAGUUACAUCAGGGCAGUGUGUGUAUUAUCAUUACUGCUGUGAUGGACAGGACGACAGAGGCUGGGGUUGUGGAUACAGGACUGUUCAGACCAUGUGCUCUUGGAUCAAUAAUGUAUCUCACUGUGGGAAAUCCAGACCUCCACCGAGUCUCCAUGAAAUCCAGCAAGCACUAGUUACAAUAGGAGACAAACCAGCCUCGUUUCUGGGCUCUAAAGAGUGGAUAGGGACUUGUGAGGCUGCUCUGGUUCUGGACCAGAUGUAUGAUGUCCCCUGCAGACUAGUGCACGUGCGCAGUGGGGCAACAGAGCUCGAGCAGGCGGCUCAGGACCUGCACCUUCAUUUCCUCACCCAUGGAUCACCAGUCAUGAUGGGUGGAGACAGGGACAACUCAUCCAAAUGCAUUCUGGGUGUGUGCACCGGAAAAGAAGGCAGCUACCUGCUUAUAAUGGACCCGCACUAUUACGGCUCUGUCCUGGACAAGGAGUUUCUGCAAAAGAAUGGCUGGGUGGCGUGGAGGAGAGUUCAAUCUCUCGAUCUGAGCUCCUUCUAUAAUCUUUGUUUGCCACAAACAUAACAAUGAUUCUCAUUAUUGCCAUCAGGACAUUGACAAAAUCUCAGAAACUUGUACUGAAAGCUUAAUAAUGAGAAAAAUAAAGGAAGGAAUAAUAAAGACAUGUCACGUCCCCGAGUGUAUUUGAA